UCAUCACCUCGCACCUGGCAAGUCCCAUCUCACCACGGUUCACUGCCAUAAUGGCUUCCGAGGACUCUGCCGCGCCCGUCGUCGUGGACGACUGCCGGGGCGUGCUGUUGGUGUACAGCGACGGGGCCGUGGUGCGCAGGGAUGGGCCGGGCUUCGCCACGCCGGUGCGGGACGACGGCACCGUGGAGUGGAAGGACGCCGAGUUCGACGCGCCCCGCGGGCUGGGACUCCGGCUCUACAGGCCGCGCCAGCGGAACCAGCUCCUACCGGUCUUCUUCUACUACCACGGCGGCGGCUUCUGCAUCGGCUCGCGCACCUGGCCCAACUGCCAGAACUACUGCCUCCGCCUCGCCGCCGAGCUCGGCGCCGUCGUGGUCGCCCCGGACUACCGCCUUGCCCCCGAGAACCGCCUCCCCGCGGCCAUCGACGACGGCGCCGCCGCCCUCCUCUGGCUUGCUUCGCAGGCCGGCCCCGCCGGCGACACAUGGCUGACAGAGGCCGCCGACUUUACUCGGGUGUUUAUCUCCGGUGACUCCGCGGGAGGCACCAUCGCCCACCACCUGGCCGUGCGUUUCGGCUCCGCGGCCGGGCGCUCUGAGCUGGGCAACGUCCGCGUCAGGGGCUACGUCCAACUCAUGCCCUUCUUCGGCGGCACGGAACGGACGAGGUCCGAGGCGGAGUGCCCCGACGACGCGUUCCUCAACCGCCCGCUCAACGACCGCUACUGGCGCCUCUCGCUGCCUCCCGGCGCCACGGUCGACCACCCGGCCUCCAACCCGUUCGGGCCGGACAGCCCGGCGCUGGAGGCGGUGGAGCUGGCCCCGACGCUGGUGGUGGUCGGAGGCCGCGACAUCCUCCGUGACAGGGCCGUGGACUACGCCGCGAGGCUGCGGGCGAUGGGGAAGCCAGUGGGGGUGAGGGAGUUCGAGGGGCAGCAGCACGGCUUCUUCACCAUCGACCCGUGGUCCGACGCGUCCGCGGAGCUCAUGCGCGCGCUCAAGCGCUUCAUCCACACCGACGGGCGCUUCGACUAGAUCCGUUCCAUCGCCUCCGACUCGCCAGUCUCUGUCUUUCUGCUGCUUUACCAAGUCUACAGAUGGCAUUGCAAUACCAAAACUCAUGAAAUUACACCGAGGCAAAAGAUAAGCUCCCACACGGAACAAAUAGAUCGUCUUGUUUCAGAUUUUCUCAAAGACCCAUGGAAUGUACUCAUGUUUGCUUUCAAAGCUAGAUCGAAAGAUUACACGAGAUUUAUUGGAACA